AUACACAACUUUUUUUCGAAAACCACAGUGUGUGCGUGUAUCAGUAUCAGAUGCAUCUUUGUAUGUGAAACAAUAAAUGGAAAAAUGUUUGAUGAACUUCGAGCGUUAUUUUCAUUUCUACAACGACGAUCAUUAUCUAUUGAUGGUCUUGUAUUCGGUAUUGUUUGCCGUAUGACAGCCAUUUUAAUGUUGGCCGGUUUAGUUGUUGUUUGUUCAAAUCAAUUGAUUGGUAAAUUAAUCAAUUGUGAUGCAUCAGCCCUUUCGAUUGAAUCGGAAUUUUUGAAUACAUUUUGUCUCAUACAUACAACAUAUAUUGUUUAUGAACCAUCAACAUCAAUGAAGAAAUCUACUUCAAAUUCAAUGACGAGACAUAAUGGAAUAUUUCCAGGCAUUCGUUUAAACCGCGUCCAAGAUCAAUCGCAUCAAUUGAAACGUAGUUUUAUCGAAUAUUAUCAUUGGCUUUGGAUGAUCUAUUUUGUGGGCGGAUUGUGGUUCUAUUUUCCACAUUGGUUAUGGAAAAAAUUAGAAUGCCGUCGUAUUCGAUCAUUGGUAUCGCAUGCCGAUAUGUUAGUGGAUCAUCAACAUAAUCAAUCAUCGGAAUAUAUAAAAUUGAAACGUAUCGCUAAUUAUGUUGUCACAUCAUUCGGUUCGAAUGAUCGUUAUAUGUGGGGCUAUUAUUUUUGUGAAAUUAUUGCCUUCACCAAUCUAUUCGCACAGAUGUAUACAUUGAAUUUAAUUUUCGAUGGCCGAUAUCUCUCGUAUGGUAUUGAUGCAGUUCAAAUAUUUUGGCAUAGCAAUUAUGAUCGUGAUUUGAAUCCUAUAAAUAUGAUAUUUCCUCGUAUGACCAAAUGUGAAUAUCGCCGCUAUGGUCCUUCUGGUGCAUGGGAAAAUCUCGAUUCUCUAUGUAUGCUACCGAUGAAUAUUUUCAAUGAUAAAUUUUUUCUUUUCAUUUGGUUCUGGAUCAUAAUUAUGUUUGUUGCAUUUAUGAUUACAUUUCUACAUCGUUUAGCGCAAACAUUUUGGCCAAAAAUGCGUUCCAAAUUUCUUUGUGAUUUAUUAAUGAAAUCAUCUAAUUGUGAAAAUGAUCCAGCCAUGAUUGAUCUACUGACUAAAUUACGAAUGUCUGAUUGGUUUUUUCUCAAUCUAAUUGCCAAUAAUGUUGAUCGAUUAUUUUUAGUUCAAUUAUUAGCCGAAAUAAGUAUUAUUAUUAAGAAAAGAUCUCAAUCAAUCGCGAUUAAAAUUGGCGAUGAUGAUGUUGAUGUUUGUAUAUUGGACCAACAGCAACAACAACAUCAGCAAUCAUUUCCCGAUCCAAAAUCAUCAUCAUUAGAAUUAUUACCAAUGACCAAUAUUUCAAUCUCAGGUCAUCAUUGAUUGUCAUCAGU